AUGUCAUCAACAACUUUUCCAUUCCCCGUCCUUUGGGACAAGGCCAGGGUCGGCCGUGUCUUCAAUCACCGGCGGCCGUCAAGGCAGCCGCUGGCCGUUGUCGAAGCCACCAGAGAAGAACAUAUUGUAGAAGCUGUUCUUCUCGCACGUACUCUGGGGACACGAGUGUCAGUACGGUCCGGCGGGCACAGUUGGGCAGCCUGGAGUGUGAGGGAGGGUGCCAUUCUGAUUGAUCUGGGCAAGUAUCAUGAUUUUCUAUUGGAUGAAGACACUGGAGUGGCGCAAGUGUCCCCCAGUAUGACAGGAAGAAUGGUCAACAAGUUGCUGGGACAACGUGGACGCAUGUUUCCCGGCGGUCACUGCCCGGAGGUUGCUCUGGGAGGUUUUCUGCUACAAGGGGGCAUGGGGUGGAAUUGCAAGAAUUGGGGAUUCGCAUGCGAAAGGCUUCUGGCUGUCGAUGUGGUUACUGCCAACGGAGAAAAGAAGCACUGCGAUAAGAACAACAACAGUAAUCUGUAUUGGGCAGCGAGGGGAGCAGGUCCAGGGUUUCCAGCGGUCGUAACCCGCUUUCAUUUGCAGACAAUUCCUGCCUUCACCCACAUGCGAUCCUCCAUCUACAUCUACGAGAAGAAGGAUUACGAAAGAGCAUUUUCAUGGGUUCUCGGGAUCACAUCUGAUUUCGAUGAGAGCACAGAAAUCGUUGCAGUGGGAAACCACAUACAAGGACGAGAGGGAGAGCAUAUCACGAUCCUGUUUGUGACGUUCAAAGACAGCGAGGAGGAAGCUCGGGCCGCGCUGCAACCCGCAGAAGACUCGGCACCGCCAGGACAUGUGACUUCAUGGUUUUGCAAGCCGACGUCGCUUGCUGAACAAUACGACGACCAACACGCCGCCAACCCAGAUGGUCACAGGUAUGCGGUCGACAACUGCUACGUACAGAACGACGCAGAUGUCGUCUCCUUACUCAAAGAGUCUUUCACUUCGUUACCUACCAAAAAGUCUUUCUCGUUAUGGUACUCGAUGGCACCAGGUUCAAGGCGGAGUGUUGAGGAUGGCACCAUGGACGACAUGGCUCUCUCCAUGCAAACCGAUCACUACUUUGCCACUUAUGUCAUUUCAGAAGACGAGUCCGAAGACGACAAGUGUCAAUCCUGGGUUACGAAGAUCAUGGACCAGAUCAAGAGUAAAUCUGAUGGAGCGUAUCUGGGAGACUCUGACUUCCAGAAGCGUCUGACAAGGUUCUGGGGGCAGGAGCAGGGAAAACGAUUGAUGGAUAUCAGGAAGAAGUGGGAUUCUCGUGGAACCAUUGCUGGUUAUCUAGAUGAAGGGGAUAAGAGCGGUGUCAAUGGUCUGCAAAAUGCGUAG